CUUUCAGCUACCAGAUGCAGUGAUGCUUGACGUUGUAGGAGAAUUUUUUCCAACUAUUUUCCGUGCAACUGUUGCUUACAGUUCGGCCUUGGUUCUACCAGACAAUGUCUUCUUGACCUUCUUUAUCGUCUCUUCAACUGCUGCCUCUGCUAAUUUUGCAGCAGAUCUUGCAGAAUCUUCAACUGCUGAUUUGCUCUCGUCCAAGCUCUUCACUGCUGCCUCUUUGACCUUCUCUGUGGUCCCUUGUUCGCCAGUCCAUCCUUCUCCUCCAACUCUGAAACACAUUAUUAGUGUAAUCGAGGUGCUUCUUUGCUUACUGAGAAUUUGGCGGGGAGAAAUGGGGCGUGGCUUGCCGGAAAAAGAGCGACUUCAGUUUAAGGAUCCAACAGUCGUAGCUUUUGAUCGCAAGAAGAAGAAUGACGAGCUUAGAUUGAAGACGGCUUCUUCUUCUUCUUCUUCUACUACGGUGGUGGUGGCACAAGACAACCCAUCUCAGGCCCUUCUCAAAUUCAAAACCUCCAUAGCCAAUGCCGACCCAGCCCUCGCCAACUGGGGCUCAUCCCCUAACCCGUGCUCCGAAAACCGCGCCAACUGGGCCGGCAUCCUCUGCUUCAAUGGCUACGUCUGGGGACUGCAGCUCGAGAACAUGAACCUCAAGGGCCAAAUUGACGUCAAUGCCCUCACCCCUCUACGUUAUCUCAGGACCCUCAGCUUCAUGAACAACAGCUUCGAGGGCGUUAUGCCCGACUGGAAAAAGCUCGGGGCACUCAAGUCCCUGUAUCUGUCCAACAACCACUUCUCGGGCGAGGUCCCGGAUGACGCCUUCAAGGGUAUGACUUCCUUGAAGAAGAUUUACAUGGCCAACAACAGGUUCGCGGGCCCUAUUCCCACAUCACUCGAGUCCCCCAAGCUCAUUGAGCUGAGGCUCGAGAAUAAUCACUUCACAGGCACCAUACCUUCCAUCAGCUCUGAACAUCUCAAAAUCCUCAAUGUCUCUAACAACCAGCUCGAAGGUCCUAUUCCUACCCCUCUGCUCGACAUGGACCCAACCUCCUUCUCAGGCAACAAAGGAUUGUGUGGGCCAAAACCACCUUUACAAUCGUGCGAGCCUCACAUGGAGCCUUCCCUUCUAUCUCCGCUCAAUGGCAGCAAGUCGCCGGAGUCAUCCCCAUCUCCGGCGAGAAUCGCGAUAAUCGUGCUAUCGAGCCUGAUUGGGCUGUUUCUGCUCGUGCUGCUUUUCCUCGUGUACAGAAGGAGCCGAAAGAGCAGCCAGACACCCCAGCUCAGGAGGGAACUUAUGCCACCGGCAUCGGCAUUCACUCCCUCAGCCUCUAAAAAAAGCAACAUCUCAAAUGCUGCGGCUGUUGCCACUCACACUACAGGUGGCAACAGUGGAAAAAAAGGCGGUGAACAACAACAGCAACAGGGAGGAGCAGGUAAGUUGUCGUUCGUGAGGGACGAUCAGCAGAAGUUCGAACUGCAGGAUUUGAUGAGGGCUUCGGCCGAGGUUUUGGGAAGCGGCAAUUUCGGGGCUUCUUACAAGGCGGUGCUGGUGGAUGGGGAGGCGCUUGUCGUCAAGAGGUUCAAGCAGAUGAAUAACGUGGCUAAGGAGGACUUUCAUGAGCACAUGAGGAGACUCGGCAGGCUCAAGAACUCCAAUCUCCUGCCACUGGUUGCUUACCUGUACCGCAAGGAAGAGAAGCUCCUCGUCUUUGAUUACGUCAACAAUGGAAGCCUGUCCGCACAUCUUCACGGAAAACAUUCGUCGAGGCUGAGUUGGGCAAGGAGGUUAAAGAUCAUAAAAGGAGUGGUCAAGGGGUUGAAUUAUCUACACACCGAGCUUCCGGCCCUGACUAUACCUCAUGGCCACCUCAAAUCGUCAAAUGUGCUAAUAGACGAUGAAUUCAACCCCCAGUUGAUGGACUACACUCUAGCGCCAGUGGUGAAUCCCAACCAAGUCCAUGAAAUCCUAGUGGCAUACAAAUCUCCGGACUAUGCCAAAACUGGCCGUGUAUGCAAGAAAACCGAUGUGUGGUGCUUGGGGAUUUUGAUAUUGGAGACACUCACGGGAAAGUUUGUUGCCAAGUACAUUUCACAGGGUAGCGGGCAGUACAGUGGCGAGUUGACUGGAUGGGUAAAUGCUAUUGUUGGUGAAUCAAGUGCACAAGUUUGUGACAAGGAAAUGGAAGUUAGUGAUGAAGGCAGGAUUCAAAUGGAGAGGCUUUUGCAGAUUGGAAUAGCAUGCUGCCAAGAGGACCUGGACAAGAGGUUGGAUUUGGAGGAGGCACUCAAACAGAUUCAAGAAGUACAAGAGUCAUGAACCUGAUAAAUAAAUGGAAAAAAAUGGGGGAAAAAAUAGUUCGAUACAUAAUCAUUUAAUAAUCUUUAUAUCCUUUCAAUUUUUGACAUCGAUUUCUUUUCUUCUUCUUUUCUUUU